UUCUUGUUAAACAACUUCAAUCUCCCACCAGAUAAAGCUUUAGCUGUAUACGUUCAAUCCCCAGGAUCAGCUUUUGUGUUCUGUGGUGCUGUGACUUUAGCUAGACCAUCUGCGGUUCUAUCACUCCAGUGGCCUGAACCUGGUAGUGCUGCUCAGAUGCAGCUCACGGCGGGUGAUUCGAGCUCUUUAUCGGCCAAGAUCGGUGUUUCUGUUGAGGAUGCGGCGGCGUUGAGUUCGAUGGAUGUUGUGGCGGAGAGGAGGAUUGAGAGAUUGGCUAUGAAAGUUGGGGAGAAUCUGUUUAACUUUAUGCAGUCUUUUUGUGGUGUUGAUGGAAGUAAAUUGGUUGUUCCUAUGGAUAUUUUGGAUCGUUGGUUCAAGAAGUUUCAGGAGAAAGCUAAACGUGAUCCUGGUUUCCUCAAAACCUUUGCUUUGUAAGGUUAGGUGUUUUUUUUUUUUUUUUAAUCUCUUUUGGUUCUGUAUGAUGAAUUGAACCAGAGAUUGUAGUUUUACUUGGUUUAUGAUCUUGCUUCACUGUACUACAAUGGUGGGUUUUGUCCCAUUUUGAUAUUGGGUUCUGUAUGAUGGAUUGAACAAGUGAUUGUAGUUUUACUUCGUUUGCCAGUGUUCUCCUUGCUUUACAUAUGAAUUAUUAUCA